AUGUCACAGUACGACGAUUACCCACCCAGGCCUCACCGGCGGAAUGGCAACGAUUCAGGAUACCCGCCACCACCCCCUUACCCACCUCCAGGCGAAACAGACCGAUAUGGCGCCAACGAUCGCACAAGACAGCCGCGCUACAACGAAGACGAUGUCCCGCGACCACCUCCUCAGUCUGGGGAUCUUCCUCCGCCGCCUAUGGGAGCUGCCUUAGGUCGACGACCUAGCGCCCUGAAAGGUGAUGGCAGUCGCAACCGUGUACCCUCUAACCUGCGGCCUGACUUUCCGGACGAAGCUUCUUACCUCGGCUCGAAUGCGCCGGAUGCAGAGCGCAAGCAAGGAAGACCGCACAAGGAGUUCCGAGACAAGCGUGAUGGCUAUGAGAGCGAGGAGGGUGAGCAGCUAAGGCGCGCGAAAGCCCGCGCUGAUCGCGAUGACGAUGGUGACGACCGAGGUGAUCGCCGGAGGCCUCCCAGAGAUGAUCGAGAGCCGAACCGGAACGGCGGACCACCGCCGCCGCGCCAGCAGAAGGAUCCCCGAGACCGCUAUGGUGAAGGCGAAAGCAGACGGCGGGACGAUCGUUAUCAGGAGCCACCGCGCCCUAGACGGGAUGAUAGACGAGAUGAUCGAUACGAUGAUGAGCCAAGGCGAGGAGAUCGCCGUGAUGUUCGGGAUCCUCCUCCGCGAGAUUCUCCUCGAGAUCCUCCUCGAAGGCGUAGGGACAAAUAUGACGACUAUGACGAUGACGAGGACACUGAGGUUGCUCGACCGCAGCGUAGGGGAGGGCGGGCGCCACCUGUAGAGUACGGGAGCGACCCCGUACCUGCUCGACGAAGGAACACAGACGUCGCGCGCCAGCCGCGUAGGCGCAGAGACGAAUAUGAUGAUGAAGACGAGGAUGACUUUGAUGACGCGCCAAGACGCCGCAGUCAUGAGGAUGACCGCCGCAGACGGAACAGGUACGAGGACGACGAUCGCCCAUAUGACACAGAUAGCCGGGAGCAACGACGCCGGCGUCAGGAAAUCUACGAUAGAGACGCUGCGGCAAGAGACAGAGACGGCGCGAGACGUCGCGAUCGUAGCCGAAGAAGGUAUUCGGAUGACGAGAGUGAUUACGAUGACCGCCGCGAUAGACGCGAUCGGGAUAGGGACCGCAGAAAGCCGCCUCGAGAGAUGAAGAUUGGCGGCUAUGACCUUGGUCCCUUGAUAGACAAAGGCCAAAAGCACUAUGGAACGAUUGCUCCUAUCGUCACACCUCUGCUGAUUAAUAGAGCAUCAACGGAGUUUGUGGGAAAAGGCGGGAAGGCUUGCAGAUACACACAAGGCGAGCUGAAAGCUUGGGCUGCAGACAUAGGCGCAGGGUUCCGUGACGAUAUGGAGAGUAUUACCCUUUAUACAAUCCCUGUAUGGCAUGCCAGUGACCUUCAAGCCUUUGAUGGCUCCCGCAGCUGCUUCCACGCGGAGUGA